AACUAUAAGUUUUGAAAACUAUAAUGUUUUGAGCUCAGUUUCUGACUGGAACUGGUACUGAAGCUAGAUCUAGUUCUUAUAUUACAGAGAAAUAAUGUAAUCUUUACCAAGGGCAAUGGGUUGUUUCCUCAAGAAGCAAAAAAAAAAAAAAAAAAAAAAAAAAAACAGAAUAUUAAGGGCAUUGGCUUUCUCUGAAAAUGUUUAGGUCAGAGUGUAAUUUAAUUUUCUGAAACUAUUCUUUAGUUUAGAAUACAUAUAAUUAAACUUAAUUAAGCCUCAAUUAAACCUACUAUGUGUCAUAGGUUGGAUAUCCUCCUAGUUCAGUUAGAAACUUAAUUAAAAAAAAGUAGUAGUUAGAAACGUAAUUUCAAACAUAAGCUACUGAAAUUAAGUAAUACUUAAAAAUCUUUGUUCAGGGUUAUAUUUCCUAUAGGACUGCUUGUAACUAGGAGAUAAAUAUGACAUAAAAUAUACAAAAUAAACAAAAUAAACAAGACAUCAUCAUGUACUUAUAUGUGUACUGUACAUGAACUAGACAAACUUAAUAUGAUGAUACCGAAGGACUUUUUAUGUAUUUGCCCUCUGUUAGUAACUGAAAAAAGGAAAAACUUUUUUUUUCCGGAAUAGUUUCUGACCAAAACCACUUGAAGAGAAUAGUUGUUUUUAAUGCUUUGCAGUACAAAGGAUCAAACAAAACAUAAAACAGAACCUGCAGUGAGACCCAGUGACCAGGAGAAACUCUCCUCAGAGCGGGAGGAAGAAACCGCGGCAGGAACCAAAGUUGAUCAUUGGCAACAGGACUUGACCAGUUCAGUUCUUAGUGCCGCUUGAUUUGCAUUCUCAUUGGUUGGAAAAACCACGAUUAACCUGUGGAAUAGAGCUAAAUUAGAAGGAAAACAUGGGGACACCUCUGUUCCUUACAAGUGUUGCAAAAUGCGCCUUUUAAUCUGAUACGCCUUAUUUUUUAAAAUAGACCAGAAAAUAGGUGUUUAUUGAUAGUGUGUCUUAUAAUACAGUGCGCCUUAAAUAUGAAAUUUUGAUGGUUUAGCUGGUCUAUUAACCUAACCAGCUUGAACUUGAUUUUUGUUUUUUACAAGUUUACAAAUAUUUUCACUGCCUGCAGUGGUUUAUCACCUUUUGUGUGCAUGUGAAAAGGCAUGCAUAUACCUGACUUUGUGAACUAAAAUCUAAAAGACUAAAAUCAAGUUUAAGUUCAAGUGAAUGUGUUACAAAGAUUUCCACCCCAUAAAUAUUUUCUUUAUGUGUGAAAACGCACUCCCAGAAAUCAUUUGCACAAAAAUAAUUAAAAAGGAAUAAAAAAAAUCUGAAUGGAAAUAUUUUGUGUGUGAUAAAAAGCAUGUUUAGACUUAGACAUGUAACAUACUACAAAAUUAUUUAAGAUAGAAGAAGAAUUUUACAAAAAGCCAACACCUGCCUUGUCUGUAGUAGACUCCCUUUCUUUCAUUCUGUGUCAGUGCAAAUGUAGCAUGAAUGAAUGAUACAUGAUUUUAUCUUUCAGAUGUAACUUUACAUCAUAAAUUAAGGAAGAAAUAUAAGUGAAUUUUCUUAUUUAGACAUUGCACAAAUAACAAAAACAACACUUCAUAUUUAGGGAAAUUUAAUUAAUUAUUUAAGUAAGAGAAAAGAGAAUAUUGUGCCUUAACAACACAUGGCUGAAAGUGCAAUCAAAUAAUUAUUAUUGACAUCCAGUGUACGCUUGGGUCAAUAAACUAAGCAUAGUUAGAGCAAAGUAUGUAAUUAAUAUUUUCAAAUAAGAAACUAUUAAAAUGAUAUUUUAUCCAUGACUGUCUUUAACUGUCUGGGAAACUGCCCCUUAAAAGUUUUGGUUCCUAACAAUAAAUCAUUUUAGUGACUCAUAACAGUGAAAAGAUGGAAGGAUGUAUUUAGAUCUAUUUAGAGGACCCAUUGUCAUCACUGACUGUAAAACAAGUGAUUUGCACAACUCUGAAACUGGAAACUGUAAGGCUAACCUUUAGAACUACACCUUAUUCUUAUCUGCAUGUAUAAAGAAAAGGCAGUAAAAACAGUCAUUCAAAUAUUUUAUUGGUGGCUGUCCUACAAACAGAUGACCAUUUGCGGAACAGCUUCUGAUAAGGUAUCAGUCAGAGGGCACAGUCAACAGAACGCCCUUCUCUGGAUUCCUGUGGAGAUCUAUUUCUGUGGGAGGAUUGUGUGAGGGAGAAACAGACACAACUCAAGACACAACAGAAGAAGUGAAAGAGAAGAAGAAUAGUUUAAGAAGGCCAGCAAUUGAAGAAGAGAUCAUGGUUACGUUGGACACCCGUUCCGUGACUGUGCCAGUUGGCAUUGUAAGGAUAUUGGAGGUUGUGCUCUCCUGCGUGUGUUUCAGCCUUGUGGCCUCUGUGGAACACUUGAACUCCUCCCACUGGGCCUGGUGCAUGUUCACCUGGUGCUUCUGCUGCUUCAUGACCCUUUUCAUCCUCAUUUUGGAAUUCACCAGCCUCAACGUUAAAAUGCCAAUUUCCUGGGAUGACUUUACUACUGCUUUUGCCAUGCUGGCUACACUCAUGAUGUUUGCUGCCUCAGUCAUCUACCCCACCUUCAAUGUUUGCGCUAGUUGUUCUCGGCAAAUUGCUGCUACGGCCAUGUCCUGCUUUUGUUUUAUUGUGUAUGCUGUGGAGGUAGGACUAACCCGGGCAAAGCCUGGUGAGAUCAGUGGCUUCCUGUCCACAGUUCCAGGCUUGAUGAAGGUCCUGGAAGCCUUUGUUGCCUGCAUAAUCUUCAUCUCUUUGGAUGCAGGCAGAUACAGCCGCUUCCCCGGAUUGCAAUGGUGUGUGGCAGUUUACUCACUCUGCUUCAUCUUUGCUCUCCUUAUCAUCAUCCUCACCAUCUGCAGACUGCUGUCUCUGUGCCCUUUUCCGUUUGACAAGGUGCUUACUGCUUACAAUAUGCUGGCUGUUAUUAUGUACAUGACAGCAGUAGUCAUAUGGCCACUUUACAGUUUCCAAGGAAAUCAAAGACCAGCAAUCUGCAACCAUUGUUCCUGGGACAACCUAGUUGUAGUGUCCUUUAUGACUUGCGUCAACCUCAUUGUCUAUAUUGUGGACACAUGUUACUCGGUGCGCUUAGUAUUCUUUAUUACACCUGCUUAACCAAGCCCACAGUGUGUCUGUUCGGUUACCUUUUUGUUUAUACAAAUUGUCUAAAAUGAGUAAAAUUAGUAAAGGUUUGUCUUUUUGUAAUAUAAUUUCUUUGUAACAUCUAACUGGUAAAGAACCUAAUUGUUUUAGGUUCAUCAAACAUAUGCCUUAUUGUCUUAUUUUCAACAUAUACAUAUCAAGCCAUAAUGUUUUCUAGUUAAAAAAUAAUUUGUGAUUUUAUUCACCAUGACAAAUAAUAAAUCAGUUACACUUUA